AUGUUUAUUUUUGCAGAGAAUCAGAGCCAUUUCACUCGUCCUGCCUGGAUCCCCAUGGAAGUAGUUAACAAUGUCACUGAAUUUAUAUUCCUGGGACUGUCCCAAGAUCCUAAAAUGCAACUCAUGUUCUUUGCCUUAUUCCUCCUCUUCUACAUCGUGAUCAUGGUGGGAAAUAUGCUUAUCUUGUUAACAGUUUUUUGUGAUACCCGGCUCCACACACCAAUGUAUUUUUUCCUCAGUAACCUGUCCUUUGUGGACAUUGCCUACUCAUCAGCCACAGCACCGAAGAUGAUUGUAGACUUUGUUUCUGAGAAAAAAACAAUUUCCUACUGGGGCUGUGUAACCCAGAUGUUUACCUUCCAUUUUUUUGGUUGUGCUGAGAUUUUUGUUUUGACUGUCAUGGCUUUUGACCGUUAUGCCGCCAUCUGCCAACCUCUUCGUUAUACGACCAUCAUGAGCGCCAAUGUUUGUUCAGUGCUGGCAUCAUUGUCCUGGUUAGGGGCCCUGGGUCAUUCCUUUGUUCAGACCCUCUUGACUUUUCAGUUGCCCUUCUGCAAUGCCCAAGUCAUUGACCACUACUUUUGUGAUGUCCACCCAGUUCUAAAACUUGCCUGUGCUGAUACAAGCUUGGUAAACAUGUUGGUGAUUGCCAAUAGUGGUCUCAUCUCCCUGGGCUGUUUCCUCAUUCUUUUGGCCUCCUACACAGUCAUUUUAUUUAGUCUUCGGAAGCGGUCUGCAGAAAGCCGGCGUAAGGCUCUUUCUACCUGUGGGUCCCAUCUGACUGUGGUGACUUUCUUCUUUGUCCCUUGUAUCUUUAUUUAUCUCCGUCCAUCCACUACCUUCCCACUGGAUAAAGCUGUGUCUGUGUUCUACACUACCAUCACCCCAAUGCUAAACCCACUCAUUUAUACACUGAGAAAUGAGGAUGUCAAGAAUGCCAUGAAGCGGCUAUGGGAUCGUAAAAUAUCCUUAAAGGAAAAACAGAAGGGGUAG